ACAACAGGAGAGAGGAGUCGCUAAACAAGGUGAACUGGCUAAAGGGCAGCCAAAUAUGAUGACUAAAGAACUUUUUCGCGAUUUCAUUUGACAUAAGGGAAUGCUGCAUAAGAGCUAUUUUAUUUUAAAUCCAAGCAUGUAAAUGGAAUUUUGAAUGUGCCUUUAAUGUUGUCAUAUGAGUUAAUGUUGUAGUUAAGUUGCAUUCUUAAGACAAGUGUUUCGUUGUCGGAGAAUAGCAACUGCGUAGGUUAUUAUUUAUUCUGUGGUGUAAUUCAGAACCUCAGAAUGAUAUAACUUGCAUUUAUUUCCACGGCCGUAAUAAAUAUAGUCAGUAGGCUACUUGAUUUAAGGGUAAAUUAAAGUCCUCACUGGUAUGUUCAGAAGACUCAGACCUACUGUAAAUGUGGCUGCACAGUCUCGGAACGGAAAUAUAACAAAAAUGACCACGAGUAAGUUCAUUAUGUCACGUCGGCUACAUGCGCGCAGGCUUGAUGGAGUGGACAAAAACAUAUGGGUGGAAUUCACUCAGCUGGCUGCUGACUACAAGGUUGUUAACCUUGGUCAGGGCUUUCCUGAUUUUUCUCCACCCAGCUUUAUUCAGGAAGCCUUCCGUCAAGCUGUGAGCGGGGGAUGUUCACUUCAUCAGUACACUCGUGCAUUUGGCCACCCACCUCUGGUGAAAAUUCUUGCAAAAUUCUUUGGAAGGAUUGUGGGCCAGGAGAUAGACCCAAUGGAGGACAUCCUGGUCACUGUGGGUGCUUAUCAAGCUCUCUUCUGUGCAUUUCAGGCAUUGGUGGAUGAGGGAGAUGAGGUGAUAAUUAUUGAACCCUUUUUUGACUGCUACCAACCGAUGGUUAAAAUGGCUGGUGGGAAAGCCGUCUACGUGCCUUUAAGACCAAAUAAGGAGACGGGAAAUAUUUUGUCCAGCGCAGAUUGGGUUUUAUCUCCAGAGGAGCUGGCAAGUAAAUUCACCGAACGCACAAAAGCCAUCGUCCUGAACACUCCCAACAACCCGCUGGGUAAGGUGUACAAGCUGGAGGAGCUAAAGAUGAUUGCAGACUUGUGUGUUAAACAUGAUGUGGUGUGCAUCAGUGACGAGGUGUAUGAGUGGCUCACCUACGAUGGUACAAAGCAUGUGAAAAUAGCCAGCCUACCAGGAAUGUGGGAAAGAACAGUCACAAUUGGGAGUGCAGGGAAGAGUUUCAGUGCCACAGGAUGGAAGGUGGGCUGGGCAAUGGGCUCUGGUCACAUUUUAAAGCACCUGAAAACCGUCCAUCAGAAUUCUGUCUACCAUUGUGCCACUGCUGCUCAGGAGGCUGUUGCACAUGGCUUCCAGAGAGAGUUUGAGUGUUUUGGGAAUCCAGAGAGCUACUUCCUCCAGCUGCCUGAAAAGAUACAUCACAAGCGUCAGAAACUGGCCCAGUGUCUGGUGAGUGUGGGCCUACAGCCCAUCAUGCCAGAGGGAGGCUACUUCAUGAUGGCUGACAUUUCAACCAUGAAUGUGGUCAUUCAUGAUUCAAGCACAGAAGGUGAACCUCGUGAUUACAGAUUUGUCAAGUGGCUCAUCAAAAAUAAGGGUUUGGCCACCAUACCAGUCUCUGCUUUUUACAGCCUGGAACACCAAAAAGACUUUGAAAAUUACAUCCGGUUCUGCUUUGUGAAGGAAGACUCAACGUUAAAUGCUGCUGAGGAAAUCCUGAAGGAGUGGAGCAGGCAACAACGAAAAGUCUAGAAACAAACCUACAGUAACUGGGCCACAAUGUUCCAUAUCCCAUAGUGUUUAGGUGGUUCUCUGUCUUUGAUCUCAGCUAUGGCUUUUCAGUGUUAAUAUUUGUCUUUACUUUUAUUCAUUGUAAUAGCAAUAUCUGCAUUCAGUAUUCAGACCCCUUGAAAUCAAUCAAAUUUUUCUGGAUUACAAAUGAUAUUUGCGUACAUAUUUUUCCAAACAGCGUUUUUAUUGUAAACUCAUAUGCUCCUAAUUGUACAUUUUCAAAGCCAAAACAUAAAAAUCACAAAGAACAAAAUCUCAAUGUAUGCUUUGUAAUUCAGUAAAAUGUGAGAAUUUUUCACAUUUCACAUUUCUGAAUAUUUUUUCCAGGCACUAUAUAUGAAAAUGCCACAUCUGUUUUUAAUAGGCAUUUUCUCCAGCUGAAAAUACAUGCAACUUUGUUUUUUUUGUUUUUUUAACAAAUGCUUCUGGUUUGCACAGGUACGUUAGAGCUAAUGCAAUGCUGCUCAAUCAUGUGCCAUGGAGGGCCAAGAGUAUGCAGGUUGUCAUUCCAACUAAUAACUUCAUCUGCUGAUUUCACUCAUUGGUUCCAUCUUCUCUGGAAGGUGUAUUAAUUAGUGAAAUCAGCAGGUGAAGUGAAUUGGUUGGAAUGAGAACCUGCAUACUCCCGGCCCUACAUAGCACAUGAUCGGGCACCACUGUUACACUGUGUGUAAGUCUGACUGUGGUCAUUGCAUGUGAAGGAAAAGAAGUGAUUUAAUUUGUCUGUCAACAAAUAUAAGUAUAAGUAUAUAUUGUAUAAGUCCAUCCUUGAAGUCUUAUGCAAUUUUGUCCAAUGAAAUACUUAUCAGGAAAGUAAGCAUUAAAUAUGAAUACAAUGGAAUGCUGCUUUUGUCGUUUUAACUUGUUUAAAAACAGACACUAAUUAAUUUUAUACCAGCAGCCAAUUGACAGUUAACUGAUAUCAUUACUCCAGACACUGGCUGGAACUUACCACAUUAGCUCUAGCAAACAAGACAGAAUAUUCAGUUAAAUGUGAAGAGAUGCCAGGGAAUUCAAAAGCAUUCAGAAAAAGUAUUCAAAAUUUGGUCAAGUGUACCACACUUGAUUCUACUCAGUUGAUCAACUGCACCAGUAUGUAUGUUUUUGUGGUUUCAGCAGUCAUUUUAUGUUGUAAACUCUGUAUCCUGCCUCUUUGCUGUCUCUUCUUUUCUGGUUAAUCUUUUAACUGCAGCCCAAUACUCUUAACACAAGCCAUAGAGUUCUUCAGUCCUGCUGCAGGCAUCAGGCAUGUUCAGUCAUUCCUUGGACACAAAAUGUUGUGUACAAAAUAACUUGUAUCUUUAGUGUGGUUUGUUCUUUUGUAAGUCUAAAUGCAAAAUUGAAAUGACAGUUUAUAGAAUACACAGUGAUAAUGUUAAAGUAUUUAGCCCUUCACCACCCUGAUUCCAUUCCCUUUUCCACAUCGUCCAUCUAUCCUGUAUUUCCCAAACAAAAGUAAAGAAAUAAAUAAAUAAAACCUU